AUGUUCCACCAGCUGACGGAGCAGGCGGGGAACAGCAGCUGUCAGGGAGCAGCCUCGGACUGCAGCUGGAGCGCGGAUGGAGACGCGCUCCAGCUGCCCACCUUCUCCACGGCGGCCAAAGUGCGCGUGAUCAUCACCUUCUCCCUGUGCGCGCUCUCGGCCGUCUGCAACCUGCUGGUGCUGUGGGCCGCGGGCAGGGCGGGCAAGCGCAAGUCCCACGUCCGGAUCCUGAUCAUGAACCUGACCGUGGCGGACCUGCUGGUGACUUUCAUCGUGAUGCCGGUGGACGCGGCGUGGAACAUCACGGUGCAGUGGCGGGCCGGGGACGCCGCCUGCAGGCUGCUCAUGUUCCUGAAGCUGGUGGCCAUGUACUCGUGCGCCUUCGUCACCGUGGUCAUCAGCCUGGACAGACAGUCCGCCAUCCUCAACCCCCUGGGGAUCACCGAGGCCAAGAGGAAGAGCAAAAUCAUGCUGUCUGUGGCGUGGACCAUGAGCGUGAUGCUGUCCCUCCCUCAGAUGUUUAUAUUCCACAACGUGACAAUCACGGUGCCCGAGAACUUCACCCAGUGCACCACCCAUGGGAGUUUCGUCCAUCGCUGGCAGGAGACCCUCUACAACAUGUUCACUUUCAUGUGCCUCUUCCUCCUGCCCUUGGUCAUCAUGAUUUUCUGUUACACACGAAUCCUCGUGGAGAUAUCCAGCCGCAUGGCUCAGGGUAAUAUGCACUCAAGAGAUAUUCAUCUUCGGCGCUCACACAGUAACAUCCCCAAAGCUCGGAUGAGGACUCUAAAGAUGAGUAUCGUCAUUGUGACGUCUUUCAUCGUCUGCUGGACCCCGUACUACCUGCUGGGCCUGUGGUACUGGCUGUUUCCCGAGAGAAUGGAGGAGACCGUAUCUCAUUCCCUCACCCAUAUGUUAUUUAUUUUUGGCCUCUUCAACGCGUGUCUUGACCCCAUCACGUACGGUUUGUUUACGAUUCACUUCCACCAAGGUCUGAGGAGGCGGCGCCACAGCUCCAACACACGGAUUGAGUUAGGACAGAACGCCGGUCUUAGGCAGACUUCGUGUUUGUCGUCUCAAAGGAAGUUUUUAUCAAGCGGUCACAGUACGCACACAGAGGUGAGUGACGGUGGCAACUGCAAAAACGCCUCGGGCCCAACGGUUUCAGUGACCAAGAUCUAA